GAAAACAGCUCAUCACAAUGAUCACACUAACGCUAGCAGCACUGGCAUUAAUCUUGUUGGUAGUUUUCCUUGUGAAGGAACUAUGGCGUCCUGCGAGCUAUCCUCCAGGACCCCGAUGGCUACCGAUCGUCGGGAACACUCCACUGGUACGAAAGCUGGCAGCCAAAAAUGGUGGAUUGUUAGCGAACGUUUGCGAUAAACUGUCGGAAUCGUAUCGUAGCAGCGUGAUUGGGCUGAAGCUUGGCCAGGAACGUGUGGUGGUUGGACUGGGAUACGACGUGGUGAAGGACAUUUUCUUCAACGACGCCUUCCAGAGUAGACCCGAUAAUUUCUUCGUUCGACUACGUACGUUGGGAACGCGACUUGGCAUUACCUUUACCGAUGGUGCAUUCUGGAAUGAACAGAGAAGCUUCGUUGCACGUCAUCUCCGGGAGGCCGGUUUUGGGCGUGAUAAAAUGCACGCCCAAAUUCAAACCGAACUGAACGAACUGCUGGAAGUGCUUGGAAAUCGGAUGGAGCAACCUAUCUGGCCUGGAUCGAUCCUCGCGAUCAGCGUCAUCAAUGUGCUGUGGACGAUCGUAACGGGUUCCCGUGUACCGCGAGAAGAUGACCGUUUGCAACGCCUGCUUCAGCUGCUCCAGGAACGAUCGAAAGCCUUCGACAUGUCCGGUGGUACUCUGAACCAACUGCCAUGGCUUCGUUUCGUCGCACCCGAAUGGAGUGGAUACAAUCUGGUGCGACGCUUCAACAAACAGCUGACCGAAUUCUUCACGCCAACGAUCGAGCAGCAUCACGAAAACUUCACGGAGGAUAAAGUAGUGGACGAUCUUAUCUACGCGUACAUUAAGAAAAUUCGCGAUCGUAAAGGCACAUCCAACGCGAACUUUACCGAUGUGCAGCUGACGAUGAUCAUUAUUGAUCUUUUCAUAGCCGGAGGUCACACGACAAGUACUACGCUGGAUCUUGCCUUCAUGAUGAUGCUCGUUCGUCCAGAUAUACAGAUGAAAAUUCACGAAGAAAUCGAUGCACAGCUGGGACACGAUACCGUUCCUCACUAUGAGCAUCAUCAUAAGAUGCCUUAUGUGGAAGCCUUCCUGUUGGAGGUUCAUCGUUUCUUUAGCAUUUCUCCUGUGAGUGGACCAAGGCGUGCUAUAAAGGAUUGUACGCUUGGAGGCUACCGGAUACCGAAAAACACGACAGUUCUCUACGGUUUACGCAACGUACACAUGGACCCGAAGCAUUGGGGUGAUCCGGAAGUGUUCCGUCCGGAACGAUUCCUUAACGAGGAGAAUCGAAUCAUCAACACGGAACGUUUAAUUUCGUUCGGACAGGGCAAGCGUAGAUGUCUCGGUGAAACGUUAGCCCGUUCCUGUCUGUUUACGAUCUUCGUAGGGGUGAUGCAACGGUUCUGGCUGCAAAGGCCGAAGGAUGAUGGGGAAGACACGGAUAUGGCACCAUCGUUAACACUUAAGCCAGGGAUAACGCUCUCGGCAAAGCCUUACAAUGUGGUGUUUAGGCCGCGAAAGUAA